AGGGCUGGGAGGCAGGAAGAUCACUUAGGUUGUUUCUAAAGUCACUUAGAUAUCUCAAGUCACAGAAUCUUCCAUUUGGGACGUUAGGGACUAAAGUCCAACCUACAUCUGACCAAGAAUGCCCCUUACAAUAGCCCCUAAAGUGGUUAUUAAAACUUCCUCCUGAAGACCCUGGUCAUAGGGAAUCUACUAUCCCUUAAAGCAUCAUAUUCCACUUUGGGAUGACUAGAAAUCUUCAGUUGGAAAGAAGAGGAUCAGGCAAUAUCGUGUCUAGGACGGAGACAGGUGCCUCUCUGAAGAUUUCCAGACAGCACCCCACCAUCACCACUACACACAGGCACCUACACAGAGCCCCUGUUUCUUUGGAGCAACAUGGCUCAGGAUCUCACUGAGAAGGAGCUGUUAAAAAUGCAGAUUGAUCAACUUAAGAAGGAAGUGAAGAAUGAAAGAGCCAUGAUUUCCAAAACGGGGAAGGAACUUAAGGACUAUGUGGAAGCCAACGCUGGAGAUGACCCCCUCCUUAAAGGCAUCCCUGAGGACAAAAAUCCCUUUAGGGAGAAAGGUGGUUGUAUGAUAAGCUGACCACCCCCCUUCCCCAUCCUGAACCUCACCCCAAGGUCCCCUAGCCGAUCACCUACAGACCCAAACCCCGGCAACCAAAUACCAUUCUACUAGAGACCCUGACAAUUCUGUCCACCCUCUUCCAAGGUCACACCCAUUCUUUCCUAGUUAACUAAUUGGGUGUUAAAGCGUUGUUGUACUGGGCCAUCUAGGAAAACACUACCAGAUCAAUCCAAAAGAUUAUCUGGGGGGCAA